AUGAAUCAAACUCCUCCGCCGAACGUCGUGGUGGCCCAGCCAGCGGCCACUUCGGAUAGUAGUUCGCCUUCUGUGGCGGCUACGGUGGGAUGUGCGGUGUUGGGAUUGAUGGUCCUGGGCCCGGUCGGUGCUGUCAUCGGUGGCACUCUCGGGGCGGCGGCGACGAUGGGUUCUAGCCAGAGGCAGCCGUCGCUGGGAGUCUCCCGCAUCAGUCUUCCUCGGGAGGCUAUAUGCGAGCAGAAUGGCGUUACCUACUUCGCGGUGGAUGUCACGCACAUGACGAAGGGGACUUGGCGUGUCUUGCGCCGAUACCGAGAUUUCGACCAGCUCAGAUACGAAGUUAACGUCCGCUACCCCUUCCCCGGAAAGCAUUGGUUCGGCUGCACCGGCGCGAGCUUGGAGGCGCGACGAAGGGGCUUGGAGGCCUUCACCAACUACGUAGCAUUGAGGUUUACCCACCAUGGAGUGCCAGCGCAUUUGACCAACGUCAUGCAUGCCUUCUUGGAGAAGGGUGCCGUUCAGCUUGCCGCGCCUCCCGCUGCACAGGGGGCCUACCCUGCCGUUGCCGCCGCUCCCGGCGCUCCCGGCGCUUCGGCGCCCAUAGCUCCCACCAUGGGUCAGGUCCUCGAGGUUCUGCCCCAAAGCCCGUCGGCGCCGGCAGCGCCGACAGCGCCGGCGGCCCCCACGGCCCCAGUGGCUCCCCCCGUAGCUCCUGCAGCUCCGGACUUUCUGGGUAAGCUGCUCCUGAGCAUCCCCGUGCCCGAUGGAGUGAAGCCGGGUCAGCUGUUGGGAGUUCGGGUGCCAGAUGGUCGAGAGUUGACGGUGACCGUGCCUCCGAACUGCGGCCAACAGCUCCAGGUGGCUUAUGACCCCUCGGCUGGCAGCCUGGCCGUGGUCGACGGGGCUGGGCCUCCGGCCAGCGAGGGGCAAGGGCCAUCGGAAGACGUUUUCAGCAUCGCCGUCCCGAUGGGAGUUCAACCGGGUGCAUACGGCUGUGUAAGCUCGGCUCGCGAUGAGAUCACGGGUGACACGGUUGCCAUCAAGAAGAUGCGAGCAUUUCAGUCGAAGCUGCGAACGUUUGAGUCUAUCCACCACACACGGCAGGAAUUGAAGGAGCUGAGGCUCUUGCGGCACUUCCAACACGAGAACAUCAUUGAUGUGAGAUACAUCUACUUUCCAGGUUCCAAGACGACUUUUCAAGACCUUUACUCCGUCUCUGUGCUCAUGGAGACGGACCUGCACGCAAUCCUAAAGAGCAAGCAAUCUCUUCUUCACCAGCAUUGCCAGUAUUUUUCCUACCAAAUUCUUCGGGGGCUGAAGUUUAUGCACUCUGCUGGUGUGCUUCAUCAAGACUUGAGACCGCGAAUACUGAUGGUGAACAGCAACUGCGACUUGAAAAUCUCAGGCCUUUCGCUGGCCGCACUGGAUAUUGGGGAGAUAGGCGAAGGCUUCCCGCCCCGCCUCACAUAUCCUUAUGUUGGCAACGAGUGGUAUCGAGCACCAGAGGCGCUUUGUCAUUGUACCGGAAAUGUAUACGGGCCUGCCAUCGAUAUAUGGAGCGUGGGAGCAAUUCUCGGCGAGAUGUUCGCACGUCGGCCCGUCUUUCCAGGAAAGAACGCGCAGCACUCACUGAAGCUAAUUGUGCAGGGCCUGGGCCCCUGGAAGGAGGAGUCAUCUCUGAGUUGGAUCAAGCAACCAGAAGUUCGGGAGUUUGUGGAGUCACUAACCCCAGCGGUGGACCGAAAGUCUUUCUGUGAAUCCCUGGGUUCUGUCUCGCCUUCGGCGAUGGAACUGUUGGAUGCUCUGCUGCAGUUCGAUCCCGAGCAUCGGGUCUCUGCCGAGCAAGCGUUGAGCUGGAGCUUCUUCGGGGAAGAUACGGACACGGAUCUGCGCUGUCCGGAGGAUGAGCCUGUUUGCACACCCCUGAAGUUGAGUGACUUUGAGUUUCUGAGACGAAAGAUCGACUUACCGGCACUGCGGGAGGAGAUUUUCUUGGAAGCUCUUCACUACCACCCCGAGCUGGAGCAACGGUACCUGCGGGAGCAGUCGCGGAUGGGCACCAUGUACGAAAUCGGCAAGUACGAGCUGCUCGCUCCUGGUGAAAUUUGGCACUGUCCGGAUGCCGCGGUUGAUGCUGUGGAAUGA